AUGACUACUUGCCUUGAUUUUAUUGAUAAUUGUGCGACUGAACUCUUGGGAACACAGGAAUCAGAAUUUCCUUCGAUUUUGGCCCAAAUUCGUCUUCCUCUAAUUAAAGUUAACGAUUUAUUUGAGCAUGUUAGAGAAUCAUCGCUUAUUUCUCCUGAUCAAAUACUUGAUGCAAUUAAAGAUCAAAACACUUUAAGCAGUUCACAACUUAAAUACAGAGGAUUUUUAUUUCCUGGAAUAAAUAUCGCAACAGUUUCCUUUGGUGCAAAAGUAAUUUCUGGCGAUUUCCGAACAGCUUUGCUUUCAAAUCCAAGUAAUUAUGAUGAAGGAGUUCCAACUGAUCGCACAUUUUCCAAACAUUUGAUAAAUCCAAGAGAUCCGGGAAUAACGGUCAGUAUUGACAAAAAUGAUUGGGUACGAGUUAUUGAUCACACUCUAUACUUAUGUCGUUCAAAACAAAAUCUUUUCUUUGAAUCAAGAGUUGUGAAAUUUAUUAGAAUUGUUGGAACUCUUAGUUCUGUGAAUAAUACAUUUCAACUUUGCAAUUUUGAAGCAUUAUGUUCAACAGAACAAUUUGAAAUCGAUACAAAAACAACGUUACAAAUACCGCGUUCCAAUGUUGCUACAAUAUCAAAUAAUGCAAUUGUUACAGAAGGAGUUUCAAGAAGUCGAAAUGCACUUUUAAAUGGAGAUACAACAAAUUAUGAUUGGGACAAUGGAUAUACUUGUCAUCAAUUAGGUUCCGGUGCUUUAGUAGUUCAAUUACCACAACCGUAUUUAAUCGAAACAAUGAGAUUUCUUUUAUGGGAUUGUGAUGAUAGAUGUUAUUCUUUUUAUGUUGAAGUUUCAGUUGAUCAAAUAAAGUGGACUAAAGUUGUGGAAUUCAAUGAAUGCAGGUAA